CUGUCCUUAAUCAAGGUUUUUUAGCCUGCGUAAAAUCCCCUCAAUUGGUCAUUGACGUCAUACCUGUCAACUUGUCAAAAGUGACGUUUCUGUAAUGUCAGUCCAAAUUGUCAAACUUUAACUUAAAAAAAAUGGGUAAUGUCGACACAAAAUUGAAUUUCCGUAAAGCCGUCGUGCAAUUGACGUCCAAAUCUGAGCCCAUUGAUGCAAACGACGACUCAUUUUGGGAGCAAUUCUGGUCGGAGAACGUCACAAACGUCCAAGACAUAUUCACUUUAGUGCCUGCGGCCGAAAUCCGUUCGCUCCGUGAAGACGCCCCCUCGAAUCUCGCCACCUUAUGUUACAAAGCAGUGGAGAAGUUAGUCAAAGCUGUUGAUAGCAGUUGUCGGACACAACACGAGCAACAAACCGUUUUGAAUUGUGCACGAUUGUUGACACGAAUCUUGCCGUACAUUUUCGAGGACUCUGAAUGGCGGGGCUUCUUCUGGUCGUCGUUGCCGAGUCAAGGCGACGAUGAGGACGAGUCGGUGCCCCUCGCCCAGUCACUAUUAAACGCCGUGUGCGAUUUACUAUUUUGUCCAGAUUUUACGGUGGUUGCGAGCCGGAAAAGCGGCCCUGACAAAGCUGAGGAAUUGUCGGCGAUUGACAGUUGCGAGUACAUAUGGGAGGCUGGAGUGGGGUUUGCACAUUCGCCCCCACGUACCCCCUUGCUUGACUCAAACCGGACAGAGUUACUUAAACUUUUACUGACGUGCUUCAGCGAAACCAUAUAUCAGCCCCCCACUGAUAUCACCCAAAACCCCAAUAAAUGGAUAGCUCAUUUGACAUCAUCUGAAAACCGACAUGCCCUACCUAUGUUUACCUCACUUUUGAAUACAGUCUGCGCCUAUGACCCUGUUGGGUUGGGGGUACCUUACAACCACUUGAUUUUUAACGAUUCACUUGAACCACUAGUCGAAGCCGCUUUGCAAAUUUUAAUUGUGACUCUAGAUCAUGAUACAAGCUCUUCGAGUCCCACAGAAGGCGAAGAUAAUACAGUCCCUGAUAAUCUCUUUAUUAAUUACCUCUCGCGCAUUCAUCGUGAUGAAGAUUUCGAAUUUAUUCUCACUGGUGUUACAAGAUUGUUGAAUAAUCCUUUAGUACAGACGUAUUUACCGAAUUCGACCAAGAAAGUGCACUUCCAUCAAGAGUUGUUGGUGUUUUUUUGGAAAAUGUGCGAUUAUAAUAAGAAGUUUUUGUAUUUCGUGUUGAAAAGUAGCGAUGUUUUGGAAGUUUUGGUGCCUAUUCUCUAUCAUCUCAACGAUUCAAGGGCCGAUCAAUCUAGAGUCGGUCUAAUGCAUAUAGGAGUGUUUAUUUUGCUUUUAUUGAGUGGUGAGCGAAAUUUCGGUGUUCGUCUCAAUAAACCUUACACAGCAACAAUUCCAAUGGACAUUCCCGUCUUUACCGGCACUCACGCCGACCUUCUCAUCAUCGUAUUUCAUAAAAUUAUAACGACUGGUCACCAAAGACUUCAACCACUUUUCGAUUGCCUUUUAACAAUUCUAGUCAAUGUAUCUCCAUACUUGAAAACCCUCUCAAUGGUGGCAAGUACCAAACUGUUGCACCUUUUGGAAGCAUUUAGUACGCCUUGGUUCCUCUUCUCCUCAUCAACCAAUCACCACUUGGUCUUCUUUCUUCUGGAAAUCUUCAACAACAUCAUCCAAUACCAAUUCGAUGGUAACUCGAAUUUGGUCUAUACCAUAAUCCGGAAACGUCAAGUGUUUCACAAUUUGGCAAACCUGCCUAGUGAUUAUGGCACCAUUGCAAAAUCGCUAAACAAAAGAACACGAAGUCGUAUGUCGUCGACGACAAGUCACGAAAACGUCGCCGAGUUGGCUAUGGAAGGUUCACAUCCGGCACUUCCGGCCGAACCGGGAACUUUAAAAGCGACACUUCCGGAUACGCCCGGAAUCGGACAAAUGACCGAAAAAGAACCGGCACACCCUUCGUACCAAAAUGAGCAAUUAUUAACCAAUGGUAUGGCGGCAAUUGCUUUGGACACGCCCACGGCGAGUACGACUGAAGAAACGGCCAAUGAGAAUGAAGAGAAGAGUCGUAGCCCGUCACGUCAAUCCGUUGCCACGAGGAAUAGUUUGCGUGUCUCCGCCUCUGGGGAUAAAAACCCCGCCCAUUGGACGCCAACUGGCGAAUGGGUGCACUCGUGGAAAUCCAAAUUACCGCUUCAGACUAUAAUGAGGCUUUUACAAGUUUUGGUACCUCAAGUUGAGAAAAUUUGCAUCGAUAAGGGCCUAACUGAUGAAAGUGAAAUUUUGAAAUUUUUACAACAUGGGACUCUUGUGGGGCUUUUACCGGUGCCUCAUCCUAUACUUAUAAGGAAGUAUCAAGCGAAUUCGGGGACUACCACGUGGUUCAGGACGUACAUGUGGGGAGUGAUUUAUUUGAGAAAUGUCGAUCCACCAGUUUGGUACGACACCGACGUAAAACUAUUUGAGAUUCAGCGAAUCUAAACGUAAUCAAAAUAUUAUAUUUCCUAAUUUAUUUUUUUAUUUAUUUAGAUCAAUUUUUCCAUAUUUAUGUAAAUGUGCAUUUAAUAUUAAGACUGUUUACAAAUGCUUUUAAAUGUACUUUUUAAUGUAGUUACCGUUCGUUUUUCUUGCAAUUAGUUCAAUUUUUCAACUGGUUGGUAUAAACUGGACCAAAGUUACGUUGAAAAUAACUUAUUCAAUGAUGUAGUUAUCUGUUUAUACUGUUACAGCUUUUUGUAAAAAAUUGACGCUAUUUGUGUUUUAUUUUUGUAGAAAUUUAUUUCAAAAUGUAUACGUUCGUUACAGUGUAUAACGGAUUCAAUAAUUAAAUGAGUAUAUUCAAA